GAAAUGCCGCCAUAUCACAAAAAUGCGCCACAAAUUGAAAACAAUACUACAUUUACUAUGAAUGAAGAACGAAAACAACAGCAACACCAUCAACAGCAACAACAACAGCAGCUACAACAUCAACAACGUGUACAACACGCAGUACAAGAGCAAAAACAUCAUCCACAUCUUCAUCAUCAUCAGCAGCAGCAGUCUCAUCAUCAUCACCAACAACAACAGCAGCAUCAACAGUCACAGGCUCAAUACCAGCCACAACAGCAGCAUCACCAUCAUCAACGCCAUCAGCAGCAGCAACAACAGCAACAGCAUUCUCAGCAAGUCCAACAUCAAAGGCCUCCUGUUUAUCAAAAUGAAAAUGUAUCACAGCAACAACGACAAGAACCUCAGACAUCAUUGCAACAACAACAAAAACCACCAACAACACAAUCAGUAGUAGUAAAAACAGAAAAUUCCGACAUACCAGCUCCACCAGCACCAGCAGCAUCAACAUCAUCGUCGUCAUCAUCAUCAGCAGCAGUCACAAUGGCAGAGGAAAAGCCACUACCAAUAUCCUUGGCUAAUAUAAAAAGCGAACCCAAGCCUCUUAACUUUCCUCGCCGCAAAUUACAAACAGAACGUUCCUCUACCCUGCCCAUAUGUCAGCGAUGUAAGCAGGUCUUUUUAAAGCGCCAAAACUAUGCACAACAUGUUGCUCUAUCCACAUGCAGUAUCGUUGAAUAUGAUUUCAAAUGUUCCAUUUGUCCCAUGUCCUUUAUGUCCAAUGAGGAAUUACAGGCCCAUGAGCAGUUGCAUCGUUCGAAUCGUUAUUUCUGCCAAAAAUACUGUGGCAAAUACUAUGAGACCAUUGAUGAAUGUGAACAUCAUGAAUUUGGCCAGCAUGAAUAUGAAAUGUUUAAAUGCAAUAUAUGCUGUGUCUCCUUUGCUAAACGCGAUCAAUUAUUUUCCCAUUUGGUGGAUCAUCGUCAACAGCCACGUUACGAUUGUUGUAUAUGCCGUCUAUGUUUUCAAGAUUUAUUGGAAUUGGAAGAUCAUUAUGUGGGGAAUCCGGAUUUUUGUGGCAAAUUUUACGACAAAGAGGGUAGGUACAUUGUUGAAGAUAUAACCUCAAUGAAAACCCCAGGUACAGCGCGCUUGCCUUCAAAACAACACCAACACCUCCACCAAUCAACAUCAUCUGCACUGCAUAGAACACAUUCGUCAUCGCCAUCAACAUCAUCAGCAGCGGCUGCAGAUAAUUACGAUGACAUACCUGAUUUUGCAGCACCACAUGUGGAAAUAAAAACUGAAAUUAAAGUAGAACCGGAUUUUUAUCCACCCAUGGAUCAAUCGGAUUUUGGAAAUUUCGAUGAUUAUUCAUCGAAUUCACAGGAAUUCGGUUCGAAUUCCAAUCAAAAUCUUACGUUCUUACAAGACUAUCAUGAGUCGAGUUCGACGAAUUCAUCGUUUUCUUUUAAUCUGCAACGUACCACCACACCGACAAAGAAAAGUUCCAAAAACUCCGAAGCCAUACAGGAUGAGGAUGCAUUUUGUUGUGUGCCCAAAUGUGGUGUGAGAAAAUUCUCUUCGCCCACCCUGAAUUUCUUCCCAUUUCCACGAGAUGAAAAAUACCUUAUACAAUGGUGUCAUAAUUUGAAAAUGACCUAUGAUCCCAAUGUCAAUUAUGGUGUUUAUCGGGUAUGCAGUCUGCAUUUUCCGAAACGUUGUAUUGCGCGCUAUUCCUUAAGUUAUUGGGCGGUGCCAACCUUCAAUUUAGGUCAUGAUGAUGUGGGCAAUUUAUAUCAGAAUCGUGAAAGUUCAGGUGGGUUUCCGUCGGGUGAAAUGGCUCGUUGUUAUAUGCCCGGUUGUUUGUCACAGAGGGGAGAAACCAAUGUUAAAUUUCAUGUUUUCCCAAGGGAUUUGAAAACACUAAUAAAGUGGUGCCAGAAUUCACGUCUGCCCAUACACAGCAAAGAAAAUCGUUUCUUUUGUUCGCGUCAUUUCGAAGAGAAAUGCUUUGGUAAAUUCCGCCUAAAGCCCUGGGCCAUACCCACGCUGCGUUUGGGUACUGUAUAUGGAAAGAUCCAUGACAAUCCCAACAUUUACCAGGAAGAAAAGAAAUGUUUCUUGCCAUUCUGUAGACGUAGUCGUUCCUAUGAUUGCAACUUGUCGUUGUAUCGGUUUCCGCGUGAUGAAACUCUACUGAGGAGAUGGUGUUAUAAUUUACGCUUAGAUCCCGACAUGUAUAGAGGUAAAAAUCAUAAAAUUUGUUCCUCCCACUUUGUCAAAGAGGCCUUAGGUUUAAGAAAACUAAAUCCGGGUGCAGUGCCUACCAUGAAUUUGGGGCACAAUGAUACCUUUGAUAUAUAUGAAAAUGAAUUGUAUACACCUCCCCCUCCACCGUCGCAUUCAAAUUCAAGCCAGGCCUCGACCUCAUCGAAGGCGAAAAAGUUUGCAGAGCUUUUGAAGCAACAGCACGACAUGGGAGAUGGUGGUUCAUCAACAUCCAUCUAUGACGAAGUCUUUAUGAAUUCAAUGGCAACAAAGAUUUCCAGUCUAGGCGCACAAGGGACAGCACAAAGUAAUGUCUUAGAUUUAGGUGAUGUGUGCUUAGUGCCCACGUGUAAGCGUACCCGCCACACCGAUAAUAUUACCCUGCAUACGGUACCGAAGAGACCAGAGCAACUGAAGAAAUGGUGCCACAAUCUAAAAAUGGAUUUGGAUAAGCUACACAAAAGUGUACGAAUUUGUAGUGCCCACUUUGAGAGCUAUUGCAUUGGCGGCUGCAUGAGACCCUUUGCUGUGCCCACCCUGGAACUGGGUCAUGAUGAUCCCAACAUUUAUCGCAAUCCUGAUGUUAUUAAGAAGUUGAAUAUACGUGAAACGUGUUGUGUACCCACUUGCAAAAGGAACCGUGACCGUGAUCAUGCAAAUUUGCAUCGUUUCCCCACCCAUCCCGAAUUGCUGCAGAAGUGGUGUGAGAAUUUACAUAAGCCCGUACCGGAUGGCACAAAGCUCUUCAACGAUGCCGUAUGUGAGGUACACUUUGAAGACCGUUGCUUGCGUAAUAAACGCUUAGAGAAAUGGGCCAUACCCACCAUUAAUUUGGGCUAUGAAGACGUGCCCCAUCAAUUGCCCACCGAAGAGGAGGUUGCCGAACACUGGACUAAACCAUUUGCACCGAACAAUGGUGAUGAACAAGGAGAAUGCUGUGUCUCAACGUGUCGUCGUAAUCCCCAGGUUGAUGACAUCAAAUUGUAUCGGCCACCCGAGGAUGCUGAACAGCUAUUGAAAUGGGCCCACAAUCUCCAAGUGGAUGCCGGCCAAUUGCCCUUAAUGAAAAUCUGUAAUUUGCAUUUCGAAUCGCAUUGUAUCGGAAAACGUUUGCUGAAUUGGGCUAUGCCCACAUUGAAUUUGGCAUCUAAAGUUGAGCACCUAUUCGAAAAUCCUCCACCCACCCAGGUGGUCUACAAGAAGAAGGAAAAACCUGAACGUAUGGGUAGUUCAAAACAUGAUAUGAUAAAGUGGUCGCCACGUUGUUGUUUGCCGCAUUGUCGCAAAACACGAGUCCACGACAAUGUGCAGCUAUUCCGUUUCCCAUAUGCCAAUAGGCAAACAUUGGCGAAAUGGUGUCACAAUAUCCAAUUGCCCUUGGUGGGUAGUUCUCAUAGACGAAUUUGUUCAAGUCACUUCGAGCCGUCGGUGUUGACGAAACGUUGUCCCAUGAACUUUGCUGUGCCCACACUUAAUCUCAACACUCAUCCGGGUUAUAAAAUCUAUCAAAAUCCAGCGCGAUUGAAGCAGCCCAGAAUUGGUGGUACCCAGCGGCAAUGUGUUGUCGAGACAUGUCGUAAAACACGGGCCGAUGGUGUGGUUCUGUUCCGAUUCCCUAACAAUCGUGUAUUAAUGCAGAAAUGGCGUCACAACAUUAAAAAUAUGCCCAAGGGUAGACUGACAACACUGAUGAGAGUGUGCUCUGAUCAUUUCGAGCCGCAUUCAGUUGGCGGUAGACGUAUAUCGCCUGGUGCAGUACCCACAUUGAAGUUGGGUCAUGAUUCCGAUGAUCUCUAUCCCAACGAGAAACGUUCAUAUUUUGAUUUGGAAAAAUGUGUGGUCAAAGGCUGCGAUUCGCGGAAAGGCGAGGACAUGCGUUUGUAUCGUUUCCCUCGAGAUGAUGAAGAGGUUUUGGCCAAAUGGUGUCACAAUUUGAAAAUGACUCCCAACGACUGUGUCGGGGUUCGAAUUUGUUAUAAACAUUUCGAAGCCGAAUGUCAAGGACCGAAACUUUUAUACAAAUGGGCUGUGCCCACAUUGCAUUUGGGUCACAGCGAAGAUGAUGAAAUUGAGAUAAUACAAAAUCCUCCACCCGAUCAACGCAGCGGCGAAUAUAUAUACAAAUGUUGUGUGCCCAAUUGUGGCAAGACACGUAAAUAUGACGAUGCCCAAAUGAAUAGUUUCCCCAAACAUUUGAAAUUGUUCCGCAAAUGGAAACAUAAUUUGAAACUGGAUUUCCUCGAUUUCAAGGAGCGAGAAAAAUACAAGAUAUGCAACGAUCACUUUGAGCCGAUUUGUGUGGGUAAGACAAGAUUGAAUUUCGGUGCCAUACCCACCAUAAACUUGGGCCACGAUGAAUAUGACGAUUUAUAUAAAAUCAACCCAGAUCGCAUACGACCAAAUCUAUUUAUUAAAAAGCGCGAUAUUGAACAGUUCUAUAAUAAGACCACAAUUCGAAAGGAGGUUUACGACGACGAUGUGACCUCAGAACAGAACGAAGCUGUCGCACUGAAACAAGUAAAAAUUAAAAAGUCUUUGGAUAUUAUCAAAUGCUAUAUACCCAGUUGUCGUAGAUCACGUCUUAAGCAUGGCGUUCGUUUCUACUCACUACCCAGCCACGAGAAAAUGCGACGCAAAUGGUUGCACAAUCUGCAAAUACCCUCACACAAGGCAACUAAGUUGCAAAACAUCAAAGUGUGCAAUUUACAUUUCCACAAACGCUGCCUGGAUGGCAAAACUCUGAAACCUUGGGCUAUGCCCACAAUGCAUUUGGGUCAUGCCGAACCCAUCUUCGACAAUCCACGGCGCCUGCAAAAUAUGCUAAUGUUAAAGAGAUGUCAUUUGAAACAUUGUAAAAAUCAUCAAGUCACGAAGGACGAUUUAAGGACAUUUGUAUUUCCUAAAUUACCAGAAUAUCUAGAGAAAUGGGCGGCGAAUUUGAAAUUGGAUAUUGAACAGUGUAAGGGCCGUUUGUGCCAUGAACAUUUUGAGGAGGAAGUUAUUGGCGAAAAGAAAUUGAAAAAUGGAGCUGUGCCCACAAUUAAUUUGGGUCAUGACGACCAGCCAUUGCCUUAUGACAAUAAGGAGCUGCUGCAAAAAUUACAAAUGAAAUCCAUGGAAGGGGAUGGAUGGGAUUCGAAGACAAAUGGUGAUGGUGCACUACAAGAUGAUGAAGCAAAUGAUGGGGAGAUAAAUGAAGAAGAAGACGACGACGAUGAUGAGGAAGAAGAUGACGACGAAAAUUAUGAUGAAGAAAUGUUUGAUGAUGAAGAUUUUGAAUAUGGUUAUUUGGUGGACAAUAAGGAGGAUGGUGACUACGAUGAUGAAGAUGAAGAAAUGGAAGUAUAUGAAGAUGAUGAAGGCAAUGAUAGUAAUGAUGAAAAUGAAAAUGAUGAGGAUGUCGAAGAGGAGCCAGAGGAAGAGGAGGUGGAGGAGGAAGAAGAAGAAAUCGAUUUGUCUAAAAUACGUAUACGUGGCACUUCUCAACAUUGGUCUUCGCUAAACUUGAAAGAAUUACGUGUCAGUUUGGUGCCUCUUACACAGGAAGAUAUUUUAGAUAUGUCUUCUAGAUCUUCCUUUGGUCGAGAUCAUGGUUCCAUAACCCCAGCUAGCAGUUAUAAAGAUUUACGGGCUGAAACCCCAGCCAGUUACAAUGGGGGCGGUGGUGAUGGUGGUCUUCUCAACUCCACGUAUUAUCUAGAUGAAAAUUCUUCUAGUACCAACAACACCACCACCACCACCAAUACAACAACAACAUCAACUAAUAAUAUUACAACGACUGCCCUUCGAACGGAUAGACCAAUAAAUAGUAUUGCACCACGUUGUUGUUUGAAAUAUUGUGGCCGGGAAAAGACACCGGAUCAACAUUUAACAACCUAUGGCUUUCCCAAGGAUCCUCAGCUACUACAGAAAUGGUGUGACAAUUUGGGUUUACAACCAGAAGAAUGUAUUGGACGUGUUUGUAUUGAUCAUUUUGAACUGCGGGUAAUUGGUACGCGCAGACUUAAACCCGGUGCUGUGCCCACCUUGAAAUUGGGCCCCUCUCGUGUGCCCCAACACAACAAUGACGACAUUAGUAAGGUAAAAAGUUUUCUUGGUGAACCUGAAGCGAAAUCAAGUGGAGCAGCAGGUGAUAAUGAACAAAUACUAACGCCUCCACCACCAUAUGGUAAUCCUAAAUCUGGUAGGCAAUCGGUUUUUCGGCUAUGUUGCCUCAAACACUGUCGACGCAAGAAACAAGCGGCAAAGAUGGUGGGCGAGGUGGAAGAGGAGGAACCAAUUAAGCUUUAUAAAUUCCCACUGAAACAUCCCGAACAACUAAAGAAAUGGUGUAUCAAUGUUGGUAUACGGGAAGACACCGAAAACUUGGCAAAAUUGAGGUUAUGUUCAAAUCAUUUUGAAUCAUAUUUAUUCCGCAAAAAUGGUCAACUAAAGCCCAAGGCCUUACCCACAUUAGAUUUAAAUGAAUCACAGAGUCCACCACAAUUUUGCGUUAAACAACGUAGAGAUAAACACAUUUCCAUUGCCAAUAAGACGCAGUGUUCCUUGGAACAUUGUAAACGUCGCGAGAGUGAAGAUACAUUUUUCAUUGAAUUUCCUCAACAUGAUAAAAAUUUACAAAGAAAAUGGUGUUUCAAUUUGAAAUUGGGUAGGAAAAAACUGCGCUAUUAUCAAAUAAAAUUGUGCAAUCAUCAUUUUGAAGCUUGUGCCUUUUACAAAGAGAAGCAUAUACGAAACGGAGCUGUACCCACUAUUAAUUUGGGUCACAACGGCAGAAUAAUAAGAAAUGCUCCAAAAAUUCGACGAAAAGCGUUUCGUACGUUAAGCUCGAGUGAAGUGUGUUGUGUCGGCCAUUGUCGGCAAAAAGAGGAAGACGGUGUCAAAUUAUUUCCAUUUCCUAAAAAUUUUGAAUUACGUCACACAUGGUGUAGUAAUUUACAAAUUGAUUUAAUUCAAGCUCUCAACGGCCACUAUAAGGUGUGUGCUGAACAUUUCACAAAGGAAAUUUUUGUAGAUGAGACCUGUAAGGAUUUGAAAAUUGAUGCUAUACCCACAUUAAAAUUGUCAAUUGCAGGAGAGGAUGGUGAUGGGAAUUCGAAGACUUUUCACAAGCCACCAAUAGUAGAGUUUAAUAAGGACGGCCUCCCAUGUUGUUUUCUAACACAUUGUCGACGCCAGGAAGAUUUGAAUAAUGAUACCUUCCUAAUUGACUUUCCGCAAGCGACUCCAAACACUCUAAGAAAAUGGUGUCGAAAUCUCAAACUAUCACCGAAAUUAGAAAAUUAUGAUGAUUUCAAAAUAUGUAAUUAUCAUUUUGAAAAGCGGGCAUUCAAAGAAGACCGACAAAUAAAACGUGGCAUGUUGCCAACCAUCAAUUUGGGUCAUACAGAUGGAAUUAUUAAAAAUAUAUCACGUCGCGAACAUAAAUGUUGUGUUAGCAAUUGUAAAAAUCUCGAGAAAUAUAAACGAUAUUCAUUUCCCAAAGAUAAACACCUGAGGCAAUUGUGGUUUAGAAAAUUGAAAAUCAAUAGGAAGGAAAUAACGCAGCGACCCUUAAAAGUGUGUCGUCAACAUUUUAGCAAGACAUGUUUUGUAGAGGGAACUGAUCAACUAAAAGAAAAUGCGGUGCCGCAUUUAAAAAGGCAGACAACAACAAAAAUAAAAAAGGAAAUCAAGGAAGAAGGAAAUGAUAAGGAGGAAGAUGAUGCAACAACAAAUAUUAUUAUUUCACCAAAGGUGGAAGAGAAAAACGAAGAAGAAGCAGACGAGGAGAAGGAGAAGGUGGAAAAACCUCAAGUAUUUAAAAUACCUCUACCGCCUCAAACGACAGAUGAUGAUGCGAGUAAUAAACCCCAUUGUUGCUUGGCCCAUUGUGCUGCUCAAGACGAUCCCAAUACAAAAACAUUUCUAAUCAGUUUCCCACCUCGUGGCAGUAAUAUGCGUAGAAAAUGGUGCAUAAAUCUUAAAUUGGGUCGCUCCAGUAAACAUGACGAUUUGAAGAUAUGUAAUCAUCAUUUUGAAACAUAUGCCUUCUAUAAGCAAAGGAAUUUAAAAGCCGGGGCAGUACCUACCUUAAAUCUGGGCCACAGUGAUCGCAUUAUCAAAAAUGAUGCCAAAUUAAGGCGAAAGGUGCGCCACGAACCAAAAGAUGUCUGCUGCAUUACGACAUGUCCAAAUCGUGAUAGUCCCAACCAUUUGUUUGCUUUUCCGAAAAAUUCCGAACUACGUCGCAUUUGGAGUAAUAAUUUACAAAUACCCUUAAGGCUGGCCUUAAGUAAUCAUUACAAAUUGUGUGAGCGGCAUUUUAAAGCGGAUAGUUUUGAGCUGGGCAGCACCAAUACUUUGCGCCUUAAUGCCGUACCCUCCGUGGAGUUGGGCAUAAAAGAUGAAGAUAAUCAAAAAGUUUUAAUAAAAAUGGAAAAUGAAGAAGACUGUCGCAAAUGUGUGGUGGAAAGUUGUAAAAAAUCGAGCAGUGUAGAUAAAGUGAAACUAUUCAAACUUCCCAAAUCCGAGGAAUUAUUGAAAAAGUGGUUACACAAUUUAAAUUUACCCCAGGAUAUAGAUAUAGAAUCCACGCGGAUAUGUCAAAGGCAUUUUGAAAAAGUCUGCCUCAAACAGGGUAUUUUACAUGAAAAUGCCAUACCCACCCAAUGUUUGAAGGCCAAAUCGUGGUUUUAUCAAAACGACGAUGAGUUGUAUGAAGAAAAAGUCCAUAAAUGUUGUGUACAAAAUUGUAAUUAUCAGGAAAAUAAUGAUGACGAAUCGUCGGUGGGGGGAGGAGAAUCCAUUGAAGAUUGUCGGAAAAUGUUUAAAUUUCCCAAACAAAGAGAGGACAUUGACAAGUGGUUAUUUAAUUUAAAGCUAAAUUAUGAUGAGCAUUUUUUAAGCAAAGAAUUACGAAAUCUUAGAGUCUGUAGUCAUCAUUUCGAUGUUAAGUGUUUAGAUAAGCAACAAACAUUGCUAAUGGGUUCGGUGCCCACAUUACAUUUAGGACAUAAUGAUUUGGAAAAUAUCCACAGUAAUGAUAUACAAAAAUGUUGUAUUGUAAAUUGUAGCUAUUGGUUAAAUUAUCAAUGUUUUAAAUUAGCUGUAGAAGAGGAAGGAGUGGGAGGAGGAGAAAAAGAAAAAGUAGAGGGUGACAGAGGUGGAGAAUUCAAGCAAAAAUGUCUACAAGUAUUGAAGAGUCUUGUCGGAAACAAUGAUGAUGUAGAAUAUAUGUGUUGCGUACAUUUCAUAUGCUAUUAUGAGGAAUUAAAUUGUGCGGAAAUACCCCGACUUCGACAACUUUAUGAAAAUUUGAGAAAUCUCCCUGAGCUACAGUGUUUCAGAUGUUCGGUACCGAAGUGUAAAACCGGUUUCAACUUAAAUAUACAAUUAUUUAAAUUUCCCAAAGAUGAGUCAUUGUUACAAAAAUGGUUACACAAUAGUUCGGUGGAGUUUGCCGCCUCGGAUCGUUCCAAAUAUCGCAUUUGUGCAUUGCAUUUUGAGAAUCGUUGUUUCAGCGAGAAAAAAUUACAUCGUUGGUCUUUGCCCACCCUGGCAUUGCCGUACAAUGUAAGUCUGUAUGUAAAUCCACCCGAGGCAUUACCCUCGCAUCAUGAAAAUCUAAAACAUUGCUGUGUUUCUUCGUGCAACACUGAUGUGGGGCCGUUUUUUAAAUUCCCCACCAAAUCAUUGGAAAUACGUAAAUGGAUUUAUAAUUUAAAUUUGGGAUCCCAGCAAUGUACCUUGAAUUUAAGGGUUUGCUACUUGCAUUUCGAAAGUUAUUGUCUAACGCAAAAUGAAGAGGGACAAAUUGUGAAGCUUAAAAAUUGGGCUGUGCCCACAUUAAACUUGGGCGACAAGCCGAAGCCCGAUCUGCAUCAGAAUCCUCAAUACAAAGUCGACAUGUUUGUUUGUUGCAUCUGUCAGGAGCUACAAAACAAAGCUGAAAAUCUGCAUUUGUUUCGAUUUCCAUCGCGAAUGUCGGUAUUCCUUAAAUGGUUGAAUAACCUGAAAAUAACUCGUAAUCAAUAUCGUCCAAGUAUGCGUAUAUGUGUGAAACAUUUUGAAAAUGAUUGUUUUGAUGCAAAAUUGAAAAUCCUGCGACGAGAUUCAGUACCCACAUUGGGUGUCCAGUGUCCCCAGGCGGAAUUGUUUCGCAAUCCAAAGAGGAACUCACGACGUAAAUGUUGUGUUUCCGAUUGCAAGGGACCCUGGUCACAUUUGUAUACAUUCCCCAAGGAUAAGAUAUUGCUAAAGAAAUGGUAUUUCAAUUUGAAAAUCAAACAACGAGAUGUGGCUAGUUCGAAGAAAUUGAAAAUUUGCGAGAGACAUUUUGAACAAAAAUGUUUGAAUGCAUUUGGUGUCAUGAGGGCGGCAGCUGUGCCUACCCUAAAUUUGGGUCACACUAAUCGUAUUUUCAAGAAUCCUUUACAACUUGAUAAAGUUAAAAGGAAAGUUCUCACACAAGGAAAGGAAAUUGAAAUAAAAUUGAAAAAUAAGAAAACUCUAAAGAGCAGUACGAAAAAUGAAGAACCAACAAACGCCAAGAAAAAAGAAGAAACAAAGGAGGUGGUAACAAAAACUAAAAAACUAAUGGACACAGUUGAGCAGAAAGAGAAGGACGAGAAACUAACGCCACAUGUCGAUGUUGAAAACACAAAGAAAUCUCUUGAUAGCCUGGGGGUUCAGGCAAAACCCAAACGUGUUGUAAAAUCUAAUUUAAAUGACACUGAUUUCUUAGAUGAUGAAGAUAAGCCUUUGGUGAAUUUCAUUAAGGUACGAGCUCCUCAACAGCAAAAGAAACCACCACCUGCAAUAUUGGAAAAUACCAAGAAGAGGAAAAUUGCCAAAAAGUUUUUGCCUGUUAAGCCCGAACCUGAAAAUAAACCUCUAUUUGAAAUUAUUACACCCGAAAUGGAAUUGGAACGAAAUGAAACGGCAAUAUCCGCAUCACUACCCAAAUUGCAUUCGAUUAAAAAGGAGGCAUUUUUGGGUUUUGAAAUAAGUGAAAUUACCAAAAAGACUCCCAAAAUCAUAAAAUAUGAUUGCAGCUAUCCGGAAUGUAAACAAAACAAGGACAUCACGAAACUUGGCAGCAAUCCCAAGCCAGAAUAUCAAAAGGAAUUGGAGAUAUUAAAUAAAGCCUACAAGGAGAUAUCUUCAAAAUGUAAAUUUGUUUUCAAACGUUGUAUGGUGCCCGGCUGCAACUCCGACCUUUUCUCUGGCCAAACAAAUGCCGACAUUAGAUUACAUCAUUUCCCUACGAGUCCCCAACAAUUGGCCCGAAAAUGGUGUCAUAAUUUUGACAUGGAUUAUGAUAAAUUGGAUAAAUCCAAAAUUCAUUAUUACAAAGUUUGUAGUCGUCAUUUUGAAAGUUAUUGCUAUAAUGCCCGUUCAAUAUAUUCCUGGGCAAUACCAACCCUCAAUCUGCCACACAAUAAAAAGAUUUUUGAAAAUAAUGCCGAAGAUGAGUGUGCAUAUACGGGCCAGUGUUGUGUGGCCACAUGUGUAAAUAGUAAUGGCCUACAACCCAUGAUCAGAACUAGGCUUUUUAAAUUUCCCUCAGAUCCCGAAAGGCUUAGCAAGUGGCUGAAUAAUGUUAAAUGUGAAAAUUUCCAAGCUGAUGAAACUAAAAUUUGUGGUCUUCACUUUCGUUAUAAAUAUCUGAUAAAACAAAAGAGAUUAAGUGAUGAUGCCAUACCCACAUUGAAAUUGGGAUUGACUAACGAAAAUGAUGAGGAACUAGCGGCCAGCAGCAAUAUGAAUAUUGUUAUUAAAGAAGAAUUGCUCGAUUAUGAGAAUGUGGAGGAUGAACAACAGCAAAAUUUAGAUGAAAAUACUACAUAUGGUUGGAAUGAUCAUGAUUAUUGUUUUGAAACCGCCAAAGAGACCAAUAAUAUUGCCAUAAAACAAGAAUUAAUUGAAGAUCAAUAUGGUUUGGAGGAAACUCAUCAGCAACAACAACAAUCACAAGAGAUGCUAAUGUUCUCAUCACAAACGAUUAAGGAAGAAAUAAUUGAAAUUGAUGAGACAGAACAACAAAAUUAUGAUAAUUGUUAUCAAGAACAACAACAACAACAGGAGGUGGAUGAGGAGGAAACACAAAACAGUCAAGUGGAGGAACAAAAACAACAUUUCCCUCCCUUAAUAAUUUCCGAAGUAAAAUCUCAUAUUUACCUGUGUUGUGUGGCCAAAUGUACAAACACCUCUGAAAGUCGUGGCAUAAAACUUUACACCGACUUUCCCAGUGAUUCGGAAAUUUUCAUUAAAUGGUGUUUCAAUUUGAAAAUUGAUCCACGCAACUAUAAAGAAAAUCAAUAUGCCAUUUGUAGUGAACAUUUUGAGGCAAUUUGUUUUAGUGAUGGCGAUCUCAAGCUACACAGUUGGUCGGUGCCGACGUUAAAUUUAAAUUUACCCGAUAACUCCUUCAUUCAUCACAAUGAUCCACCAAGUGAACAGUGUUUAGUUUAUGGUUGUAUACAACCACUAAUGCCGCUCUAUAAAUUUCCCCUCCGGCUGGAUUUAUGUCAAAAAUGGUUUGUUAAUUUAAAGCUGGACUUUAAUCAAUAUCGUGUUGAACAUUAUCGAAUAUGUCGUCGUCAUUUCGCGCCGUCAUGUUUUGAUGUUAAUUAUGUACUUAAAACCGAGGCUAUACCGACAUUGUUCUUGGGUCACAAUGACCCCAUACAAAAUCGUAAUGAUUUUGAACAACGAGAUCAUCAGCAGCAACACGAGGAAGGAGGUAACAAUGCGCCUGAUUUUAUGCCUGGUCUAUUAAUGGGGGCAGUUGGUGCUGCUGAAAAUAGUCGUGGCAGUAGUAGCCAGGGUUCAUUGGCCCGUCAUUUAAUAUCACCCAAUGAUCUUGAAGAUCACGAUAGUAGUUAUUUUGAAGAUUUUGAAGAAUGCUAUGGCCAGGAUGAAUGA